UAUUUUCAUUUACGUUGGUUACCGUCUAAUUUUAAACUAUCGUUACAUAUUUCAUUCGGUAUUCAUAUGAACAGUAUUUUUAUACUACGAUAAACAAGAAACAUGAAUAAUAAACGUAAUGUGUCGAACAAUAAAUUGAUGGAAAACGUUUCGUUUUAAAUUCUAUUAUACAUUUUAUGUUUUCAGUUUAGGCUAACGCUGUAAUUGCGUUUAAAGAAGAAUGUAUUGUAUUUUAUUUCGAAGUUAAUUCGUAAUUGCCCUAGAUUGUGCAUAUAAAAUUCAAGUGCUCGAUUUCAAGAUGGAAGUGGCGGUGUUAUCUUAAUAGUUAAUUAAUAGCGGAACAAAGUGCGAUAUGUACGUGGGAAGAUAAUUUAUAGGCCGCAAUUGAGUACGGUUUUACGCUGUUAGCUGGUGAUCAUGUUGGAGAUCAAUGGCCGUAACGCACGUUAUAUCGUUCGUAUGGCGAGGCACAUGGUUUGUUGGCAGUUGGGCAUUUCUCAUCAUAAGGGAUGUAGUCGGGCGGCUAUUUGGAAGAGAUCCGUAUACACAAUGUAAAGAGUUACAGAUGCGGGAAGACGAUUCAACGAAGGAGAUCGACACUUUAAGAAUGAAGAUCGAUGACCUUGAAGAGGAAAACGAAAAUUUGCGCAACAAGAUCGAUGACUUUUACAAGCGUAGUGCACACAUGAUGGAAAAGAGUGGGUCGCAGGAAAAUACAAACGAUGAACUUUCAAACACUCGGCUGGCGGACCGCUUUGAUGUUGCAUUGAAAGAGCAAUGGUUACAAUUAUGUGAAACACUCGCCAACACCUUUAACGAAAUUCAAUAUCUAACACAUCUAUCUGAAGUUAUGCAGUCAGUUUUCAAGCACUGUACGCAGAAAGUUGAAGAAACUGAGAAACAUCUGUUACAGAUUGCCAAAUAUGCCAAUGCAGACCAUAAAAAGGUACGACUCAACUUACGAGUUCUUCGAAAGCCACUAGGCCAGAAGCAGAGUACACGACACUGCGUAGUUCAGGAUAUAGUCGCUAAAGCCAAAGAAGAUGACAGGGUGAAUGAUUUAUUAACUGAGCACACUUUGCCUGAUGUCACGAUCAAAACAAUUGCCACAUUUAUGAAUGAUUUGGCGGACAUCUGCUGGCUGAUGUGUAUUGCGAAUCCACCUUUAAAACUGAACUUUGAUUUAAAAGGAGUUGAUUUCAAAUCUGUCAGCGAUAGAUUUGUUGAAUUCGCCUCCACUGGAGACGUCAAAUAUUCUGAUGGAAAACCUGGUGCAGUUUAUCUCGUUGCAUGGCCGUCAGUAGAACAUGAGGACAAUAGUGGGUUUUUGAAGAAAGGCGAAGUCAUUGUGUGUUGAAACAUCGAACACCUUGAAAUAUAAAGGUUUUACUGAUUGAAACAGUUUGAAUGUGUUCUUUUACAACAGCACGUAUUUUGUAACAAGUUUUAAACAUAUACACAUUAUAUAUGUAUAAAUAUAAAUAACAUUAUUUAAUUAUAGUUUAUUUCAUACUUUUUCUUAAUGCGUAAUGCUUGUUCCUUUAGCUUUGUAAAAUUAUUUGAUAUUUUUAAACCGUUUAUUAUUUGUGCUAUGAUUGUUAUUUUUGUGAUUAUGUAAAUUCUUAAUAUCCAAAUGUGACAUGUGAAUGUAAAUAGUUUUAACUCAAUAAACCAAGCUUAUUUUGCAAAA